AUGGGAAAUGGACAGGGGAAAAAUCGGCUUAUCGUUCACGGAACGAAUGAAUUCUUAAUAGAAAAGAAACAGAAAUUUUCCCUGAUUAACAUAAAAAAUUCAUCACAUAUUAAGGACAUAUACAGCGGGCCAAAUAACCUAAUAAUUAUAUACGAAAAUGACGACUUUGAAAUUGUGGGGUUAAAUAAUUAUGGACAACUGGGUCUGGGUGACAAAACGAAUAGAAUCAAAUUGACGAUGAACCCAAUUUUGUCAAAACAGAAAGUACGAAAAGUGUCAUGUGGGUAUGAACAUAUUAUUGCCUUAAUGUGUAACCACAACGUUUUUGUCUGGGGAAAUAAUAAUUGUGGCCAAUUAGGCAUCGGAAAUAACACGCAUGAAAUUUCUAUGCCACUGCUCAUUUACUUUCAAGAAAAAGUCAUAGACAUUGCAUGUGGUAAGAAUCACUCCCUUUUUUUAACCGAAUGUGAAGAUGGAAAUGACGAAGGUCGAUCAGGUGCAUCCAAGGUGAAUGUGAAGGAACAAGGGGGGACAUCCCCCUGUAUGAUGGAGGGGAAAAAGGAAGUGGGCUCAAGGUGCCUCAACGCACUUGACAUAAAUAUUAAUGAUGGGGACGUGGGCAACAGCCACGGCAGGGAGCACAUGGACGAAGACGACUCCGAAGAAGGCGACGAUGAUGCUGCGAAUGAGAGUGCAGACUCCCGUGAUGACGGCUUCAACUACCACAUCUUCGCCUGUGGCUGCGGGGAACACGGAAAACUGGGCUUCAGACGCCAGGAAAGUGUGUACUUCCCCAAAAAAAUCGAAUUAAGAAAAAAAAUAAAAAUUACUAGCAUACACUCCAGCUAUAACCACAACGCCCUGCUUACGAGCAAAGGGAAGGUAUACACUUGGGGGGGAAAUAGAAAUGGCGAGUUGGGCAUAAAAAGCAACAAGCCGUCAACUUACAAAAUUAAAAAAAUUGAUAUACCCAAUAACGACACGGUGGUGAAGGUAUCCCUGGGGAAAUUAUACUCAGCCUGUUUAACGAAAAAUCAUAUUUUUUACGUCUGGGGAAAUAACAUUCGGGGGAUUAAAAAAAUGAGCAACAUGGCAAAUGUACGCAUCAGACAUUUCGCAUGCAAUGACGAUAAUAUUAUCAUAUUGACAGAAAAUGAAAAAUUGUUUUUAUUUGAUUCUUUCAAAAAGGUACAAUGCAUGAAUAAACUCCUGAAUACAAAAUUGACCCAUGAUAAGAAGGGAAGCAAUAACCUUAUUAAAUACAACUCUGUGGGAAAUGGAUGCAACUAUUUAUACGCCUACAUUAGUAUGGGCACGAAAGAUGAUGUUAACGUCAUGGGAGACCACUUUAUUGUGGAAGCAAAUUGUGCGGACAGCCAGUUGCUUGAGCGUGCGACAAGUGCAAGUACUAAUUUGGAAGAAAACAAAAUGUCCUCCCUGAUGGAUCAUGAAGCAAAGUUGGAACAAACUGAAAUGACGAGAUCAUUCCCUUGUCAGAAACAUACGCAUGAAGGUGUCGAUUUUGUGGAUUCCCUCGGGAAUGGAACCACUCAAAAUGGAGCGUCUUUUUCAGGCGCAGGAGGAGGAACAAAAAUGGGAAAUGCAGAUGAUUAUGCAGCAUGGACACAAAAGGAACUUGACACGGGGGAAAGGUACGAAGGCGAGGGCAGGGAUGAAAAGCGUGAUGGAGUAGCAGGCAAAAGUGCAGUAGAGGAAGACACAUUCUCCCUAGGAAGCGAUACAAAGGACGAAUUGGAGAAAAAAACAAUUACGGAAGAAGAGGCAUGUACCGACUUGCCCUUUCUUGACGUUAAUAAGGACAAGCACUCCUUAGGAACAUUCAGCAAAUUUAGGAAAAGUAAAAAGAAAGGGGGACAAAACGACUCAUAUUUGCAGGGGGCACGCAAAGGGGGGCAAAAAAGGACAAACAAAAAUAGUACGACUAAGGGCGAUAAUAUACACCAUAAUGUACACCAUAAUAAGAGGGACAAAAAAAAAGAAGCAAAACACAGAAACGGUGUAGAAGAGCACCUCAUGCAAAACGUAAGCUAUAAGGAAGCAAAUUCAAUAAACACGGAAAAUGUAACCAUGGGGGGAGACUACAUACUGAAGCACACCGAGCACAUCAUUAACAGGAACACGCAUUGUUUAAAUUUCCUAUCACUUGACGACGAACUGGGAUUACACUGGGACAGUUUGGGCUGCAAAAAAGGACAAAGUACACAAAGGGGAAAUAAAUCUAGCCGUAAAUACGGAGGGAGACACCCCAUGUCUACUAUUGGGGAAGAUCAAUACGCCCAGCUAAAUAUCGUCCUAAUGCAGGAACUAAGGAAACAGAAAAAAAUAAACAUCGUUUAUUGCCACCUGCUGAAUAGGCUCCAGAGGGAGCUAAACCAGCUAAGGGAAGAAAAAAAAAAAUUUAAGAAGAAAAUUUCGAAUCUGCAAAAAUUUGCAAAUUUGAAGCGAAAUGUGGCCGCCGAUGAAGGACAGGCAAAUGAAGACGUUAAUUUCCAUUUGUGCUUAGAACCAGGGGCAACAAAGGGUCCUUGCGUUGCUUCGUGUAAUGGUUAUGCUGGAGCGCUAAGUUAUGUGCAUUUGGGGAGUGCACAUAAUGAUGGACUGGCAAACUGCGGCAAUGCUCACGAUGACGGCAAACACAACCGUUGCCAUGACAACGGAAAUAAUGGGGGCACCUUUUCGCUAAACGAAUCUGCACACCUAAUAAAAUUCACAAGCGAGAGCGCGCCAGAGGUCCCAAACAACUUGCAGGUUUUGGACGAAGUAGCCCCUGAUUUGUUCCUCAAAAAGGAAGAUGACCAUAAUGAUAAAAUGAACAACAUCCCAAUUUUUUUUUUGCAUAGUUAG